UCUUCUUGAACCUCUCUCUCUAGGUUUUUCCUGGCGACAUGGGAACGCCGGAGACGUCGCGCGAGCCGUGCCCGGACAGGAUCCUGGACGACGUCGGCGGGGCGUUCGGGAUGGGAGCGGUGGGAGGGUCGGCCUUCCACUUCAUCAAGGGCCUCUACAACUCCCCCAACGGUGAGCGGCUCGCCGGCGGCGCCCAGGCGGUCCGCAUGAACGCCCCUCGCGUCGGCGGCAGCUUCGCCGUCUGGGGAGGUCUCUUCUCCGCCUUCGACUGCUCCAUGGUCUACAUCCGCCAGAAGGAGGACCCCUGGAACUCCAUCAUCGCUGGCGCCGCCACCGGCGGCUUCCUCCAGAUGCGCCAGGGCGCCGGCCCCGCCGCCAGAUCCGCCCUCUUCGGCGGCAUCCUUCUCGCUCUCAUCGAGGGUGCCGGCAUCAUGCUUAACCGCUUCCUCAGCGCCCCCCAGAAUAUCCCCGAUCCCGCCCUCAUGAUGCCGCCAUCCGGCGUCCCCGCCAUGGCCGGCGCUGGAGGUUCCAUCCCCCAGAUGGGAUACCAAUCUCCAGUCUCCACAGCUGAAGAUACCACUGCCUCCUCUUCUUCUUGGUUCGGAGGGUGGUUUGGAGGUGGGAAGAAGCAGGAUGAGGGGAAGAGCGGAGGUGGAGGCAGCAAGACAGAGAUCCUGGAGAGUUUUGAUACGCCAAGCACUCCGAUCCCGACUUUUGAGUACAAGUAAAAUAAGGGAACGGGAAUUUUGUUUCUGAAUGAGGGUAUCUGAUCAAAGAUAAUGAAACAGCUGUAUUUAUCGAGGAAUGGGCAUCCAAAAAGAGAUUAGAAGCAGUUUUCCUUGAUAUCAAAGGUUUAAAUUGCAUAAAGUGAGCUGCCUCCGGCAUCUCUUCCUCUUAAUAGUUGUUUGUAUGAUGGCAACAUUUUCAGUAUCCUUAGGUAGUCCUUCGGUUAAGUAUCUGUACAAGACCUUCUUUUAGACGACGUUAUUUGUGGAGUGUUUUGGGAUGAUGUAGUACAACUUAAGCUGAUUUUGUUUGUGCAUUCUGAAUCCUAUAGUUAAUAUUAGGUAAGAUUAAGUUUGCAAGUACAUCAUGUAUUUGUUGGGUUCUGACUCCAUAAGUUCAAUGGAAAUACCAUACUGCUGCUGCAA